AUGGGUGCUCUUCUCCAGUAUCGUUCCCUGGGACAGAACCGACAAUCUUGGGAACUUUCCAAAAAGGUUUCAUCACCAAUUUGGCCAUCGUCUCCAACAACACUCGGGGCCGGGGAUCCAGUAGAACAGCAAAACGAGCCGGCAACUGGAACCAGCAAGACCGAAAAUGUGAUCAGUCCUAGCCAGGAAGACUUCGAGAUGGACCCUGGUCAUGCCUUCUGGAGCUGGUCUGUCAAAAGUGAGAAUUGGUACCAUGUCGACAAACACACAGGAUCGGUGCUGUGGGCACCACGCGAAUUGGACUAG